GGUUGAUUUAAAGCAAGUCAAGUACAAGGAGAGAAAUGAAGGGUAAUGAUACACCUCAAACUGAACUUUUAGUUUGUAGUUUCAGAUAUUGUAUUGAGAGCAAAUAUAGUACACAACACACAUAGUUUUAGAAUUUGAAGGCAAGUAUUAUAUCCCAGAGAGUAGUCUGUACACGCCUGAUCUGAAGAUUGGAGAUUCAUAUAGCAGGAGAUCAAGAUUUACAGAGACAGACCUGUCUGGACACAUCCACUGACACAGUACCUUGUAGUUCUCAAAGGCUUCGUUGAUGGGUAUGACAUUGUGAGUCUUGUGGUCCCGGGACAUCCCACAUACUAGACAGAUUGGCAGCUGGUCGUCCUCACAGUACAGCUUCAGUUUCUCCUCAUGCUCCUCGCACAUAUCCAGACCCUGGCGAGGCCAGUGCCCGAUGGACGAGGCCACACUGCUCAUACUUGAGCCGCGCUCCCGCACCUCCUGCUCCUCCAGGGCGCUCAAAUGAUCCCACUCGAUUGUCACCACGGAGGGGUCCAUGACCCCGGCUCUGCGCACACUGUCCACGACGUUGCAAAGUAAAGAGUUGGGGCGAAGUUUACGCGCGCACGUCUUUCUACACUUCGGACAACUCGACAACUCGUCCGCCUUGGCUUCCCAACACUGGAUGAUGCACACUUGACAGAAGUGGUGUCCACACUCGAGGAUCACCGGGUCACGGAACAGCUCCAAACACACCGGACAAGUAAGCUCUGACUGCAGUUCUUCAAGCGCGCUGGCCUCCGCCAUUCUUCGUAGCGCGCAUAGUCCGUAAAGAGAAAUGACUGGUGGUUACAGAGUGAAGACUAGACUGCUUUUUCCGCUCACAGUAAGAGAGAGAGGGAGUGGUUUGACGCUGUCAGCAGAGCAAAAGUUUUCGCGGAAGAGACGGAGGGCGUGCUGCGACAGGCUCAUACAACUGAUGGAGCUGCUCAGUCACCCGGUUAGUAGCCUGGAGGGGAAACAGCUUUUCUAAAGCAAACAUCAUCCAAAAAACAAUCAAAAGUUGCUCGAAGGCAAAUUUAUGUAACACUAUAAAUGAGGUGUGGCCCUUUGUUAUCAAUUACGGGAGAGUGGGGUAAGUUGAGCCACCCCCUGUUGAUUGGAAAUGGUAAAAGAAAUUGAUCAUGUGACCAAAUAUUUAGGAGAUGGGCAUCAAUUCAUGGAGUCUGUGAAGGUUAGAAGCACAUGGAUGAAGGGGUUAGAGAUUUAUUUACAACAAGAAAAAAACAUUUUUCACUCUUCAAAGUGAAUCUAGUCUGUCAUAAGUUUUAUCAUAAUUGUGUUCAGACCAAAAAGAUAAUUUAUAUUUGUUUUAUACAUCAGUUGUGGUAUCUAUGAGCUACAACAUGAGGUUAAAAGUCCACCAUUUUAGCAUAGAGGACUAAAAAAGUCAUAACAGUAGUUCUGGGGUAAGUUGAGCCAGUGACUCAACUGAGAAAGUAAAGCAGUCUGAUGAGAGGAUCAGAGUUUCAGUUCAGAUUGUUGAAAUGUGUUACUUUUUCUUUUUCAAAGGCAUUCUCAUGUUAAAAUGACUUCACAAAACAGUUUUUUAGCAGUUAUAUGCAAUAAUAAAAAACAAUUAUUGUACCUGUUGAAUAGUGUAUAAUAGAUAAAAAUACACAUGAAAAAAAGAAGUCUGUCAAUUGAAUGUUAAGCAAACUAUGUAUAAACAGCCGUAUUCGACUUAUUUUGAUUCAUCAGCACAGGUAAAUUCGGGCCUAGUGGUGAACUCAGGAUUUUUGGGACAGGGGCAAAAGGAAUAUUAAUAAGAGACCUGUUGAAGAUCUGCCUCUAGCAGCAACUUGAGGACUGUUUGUAUGCUCCUUUUAUUUUGUCUCUCCUCAGCACUCUGUAAUCAUCAGGUUGUUGCACAACACACCUGAAUCUAGCCUGUCCAAAGGAGGGCUGGGGAUAAUUUUAGGAAAGAAACAUUGACAGUGGGGAGCCUGGAGGAUACAAACCACUUGUGUCAUACCCACAGGCAAGGGUUCAUUUUAAAGUCUGUGUUACUCUCUCUCACUGUCCAGUCCCCUGUAGACUAUACCUGUCACUUAGUUUUAACCCAUAACACCCUGCGACCAGAGACAAGUUACUUUUGAACCUGCCUACCAUGCAGUGGCUCCAAAACUUUUUCUGCAGGUACACAAAAAUAUCUUUAAGGCCCCCUUCCUCUCAUCCUACACACUGAUGAAUAAUAACUGAUAAAGGGUGGACUACAAGGUGGCUCUUGUAAACAAAUCCCUACGUUUUGGGAGUAUUUGGAAACAUACAGAAUUGCAGCUUCAGUAUGGACGUUUAUUCCUGUCUCUUAUCCCCACAGGAAAGACCAUUAACCCCAAUUUAUUCCCAGUGCUGUGCCAUUGACAUAAAUCAAAUGUGUAGUUUGAUAUAAAAGUGCUUUAAGAGGUCUUUUAUAAAUACAGUCUGUCUAGUGUUUGUUUGAGAAGGGUUCAGCACUGGAGGUGUUGACUCUCUGCAUAGAAAAAAAAAAGUGAGAAUCAGCCCCUUUUCCACCCCUGAUAUUUUUGUACUAACAGUAAGUCACAUAAAAACACUCCUCUGUGUGGAAACUGAAACUUUGUGAUUCACGGUCAUCCAAAGGUUACAGCUCAUCACUAGUGACGAUAAAUCGCUAUUACUCACAGUUCAGCCAGUUUCACUGACCCCACCGUGAUUAGUUUCUGUCUCAUGGAGUGUUGUGACUUUAAGUGUCCACUAGGUGGCCAUAGUAAACUGCCUCUAACCAGGAUACAUUUCAAGAUGUGUCAUACCUUUAUUAUUUACUGCACACUGAAAAUGAAAAUGUGGUCUGAGAUUAGUAUCAAAAGGUGAUAUUGAAAAGUUUCCAAUAACCAAUCACAACGGGGAUUGAUUGGAUAUUGUGUCAAAAAGGAACAUGAACCUCAUUUACUCCCAGACAAAAGCAGCCCAACCGAGAAUGAAAACAUCAGUGUCUUUAACUGUAGUUUUUUAAAAUCAGUCCUGAUGGCACAUAUACACAGAAAAAUACCUGAAUGUACUGGUUUACUUUGAUUGGUAGAGCAGGCCCCCCAUACACUGAGGCUAGGGUCAAAGGUUUGGACUCUUUAUCUUGACCCAAUGAUGCGCGUUGACCCCACUUUCUUCUCACCACAUUUCUUCUUUUUCUUCAUUUGUCUGUAAAGAAAAAAACUUGGAACCAGUAGUGUUAACAUAAAAAGGAUAAAGUUCUGUAAACUUCUAUACCAGGAUUCAGGUUUACCUCCUGGUUUAUUUCCCACAAAUAAACAUCUUCCAGCAAUUUGACAAAUACUAAAUAAAAUGAGGGCAGAAGCGUGGGACUGAAACUGGGGAUUUUCUUUCUUACUUGACAUUUAGCUCAAGAAAUGAAGGACAUGAAACAUUUCUGUAAAAUAACAGUAAGGAAAUGGAAGUAUUGAACAAAGUGCUAUACCUUCUGGGAAAUGUUGAUGGUUCCCACAAUGAGGGAAGUUUUAAUGACGGAAGCAAAAGAAAACCAAACAGAAACUACAAAUGUACAAUUAAAAAAAAAUGCUGACCUUCCCUAAGGAGUCGAAACAUGUGCAUCAAACAGAUAAUAACUCUUGACAGAAAAUCUGGUGUUUUAAUAUCAAAUAUUGGUUUAGUUUGGGGCAGUAUUGUAUAAAUGUAAGCUUUCUUUUUUUACAAGCAAAGCUAGUGUAGCAUCAACUUGUAGUCCAUAAAGUCCUCCCAUCAUGCUUCACCUGUAAGUCCGAGGGCAACUGAACUCAUAUGGUUUAACGUAGCAAAAGAGGUUGGACAGCAACUUCUAAAACAGCCAAGAACCACUGACGUCAAUGUUUAUUGUUGUUUCUUUAAUCGCCUUUUUUGUUGCCAUGUUUUUAUGUUGAGUGUGUCAGUAGUCACAGCUGUUUGCAACAUAUAGGAGUUUCUAGCAGGAAAAUAAGAAUAACUAUAAUACAGAUCAUUUUUUGUCAAGAAAAAUUUGGGCACUUAAAGUUUGGGGUUCUUCUUACCUUGCCGCAAUUACCAGACAGAAAAACUCCAAAUAAGAUGUUCCCAACCUUAGCUGACUCAGCUUAAAAGGGUAUGAAGUGGCAUUUCCAGGAAGGGAGCCUGACCAGCAGUCAACAGGGGAAGUUCGAAGGCAAAAAGGGGUAGGGGGUGGGUCCAAACUGUCACUCACAAGGUUUCUGUCGACAAUGUAUAAAGACACAAAACGAGGCUCAUUAACACUUCGACCCAGACGCUGAAUAGACACUAUAGGUCCUAUAGAACUUGAGAGCUGUGUGUGAGAGGAAGUAAGUCCACGGAGUCUUUGCAUCCAUCACUGACCUGCUACUCUUUUGUGCAGACUGUCUUAAAGGAAGAUGCUGCAGUCUUUCACAGGGUCUCUCCUGCUCCUCCUGCUCUGGUUUGGUGCUCCGGUCUGUUGCGAGAUCAGCAGCGACUUUUCCCAGUGCCUUGAUUUCUUCUAUGGAAGAUCUCCACCACAGGGCAUCACUGGGGCAGGAUACCAGCCAAUAUGCCAGCGCUACAAAAACCAGUACCACUUUGCCAGCCUGUACCAUCGACAGAGUAGAGCACCGUUGUACUCUGCGUAUGUACUCGGCCCUGCUGAAGGCAAACGGCCCAGUUCCACCUGGUUGUAUGAACCACAGGUAAGAGGCGAACACUGUAUGGUAUUCAAAAUUCACUAAAAUUUGUUUUUCACAAUGUUAUUUGAGUUUAUAUGAUUACUAGCUGCUACUUGUUACAUCUGAGUCUUUUACACUUGUUACAUCUUUAGUUUUUUAACCAAAUCCUAUUAAAACUUUUAGGCCUUUUAUUGAUUUUAUUGUUUUUUCCUACUCAAAUUUGUUAUUCCAUUUUAUCAUUACUAUUACCAUCAUUAUUAUUAUCGUCUUUUUUAUAUUUACUGUCCUGUUCCCUGCUUUCUACUCCCCUUUUUUAUUAAAUUUCUUUUUGUUACCUAUUUAAUCUUUUUAUUUUGGUCCUCAUGGUCUCAUUUUAUGUUGUAGGGCUCUUGUAUUGUCUGGGUUCCUUAUGACAAAUGAAACUGGCCUUCAAUUCGGAGGCCUUGUUUUUAUCUGAGCUUUUGUUUUUUAUUUGUUUUUAUUUCCAUGCGCAGAUGUUCUGUGCUUUACGACUGUUUGUCAAAGCACUUUGUGAACUUCUGUUUUUAAAAGUACGACAAAAAAAAGUUAUUAUUAUUAUUAUAUUAUUAAGUCUAAUGCAGUCCAACCAAACAGUCCAACAGUAGAUCUUGUCUUCAUAGAGCAAUCAAUUCUUUCUGUGGCGAUUAUGCAAGAUGUGUAUUGAAUCAAUUCCUCUAAAUUUCAGCAAAAAAACAGAAAAUGCAACCCCCAUAUUUCACAAAAAUCUGCUUUCCAUACUGGGAUUUUUUUUCCACAUUUGAAGGCUACCAGACACAAAGUGAUGAUUUUUGUUGGACGUCAGUAUGUGUUUAAAAAGCAUUAAAAACAAUUCAUUUUUUGGUUGUAAAAACAAAUAUGCAUUUUUAUUUUGUUUCUGUUGAGGUAAAGAAGAAAGGAAAGUUGCAUAGAGAUUUUUUUUUUGUCUUCAGUGAACCACAUGAGUUUGUCAAUCAGUCACACACGUACUUCAUAUAGCACCUUUAAAAACAGAAGUUUACAAAGUACUUUGAGGAACAAAGCAGAGUCAAUAUUUAUGACAGCAUAGGAGGAAUCAACCAUAAGUCAUAGAGUAGGAAUAAAGAUUCCCAGAAGAGAAGAAAAAAUCAAUAAGGGACAAUGAAAAUAAAAAUAAAAGGUAAAAAGGUAAAUGAUAGAGUAAAAAUGGAUUUAAAGAUGAGGGGCAGUGAGGUGCAAAUCAACAAAUAAAGUCAUCCUUCACAGUAUCACAACACUAAAAUGAAAUAAACUAUUUAAAGCUUUAAAGUGGUUGACAUGUUCCACUUUCUCUCUCUCUGCCAUGAAGUUGGCCUUCUCUCGUGCCAACCCAGAGAUGAAAAACUUCAGCAUUCCUGUGGACCAGAAUGUGAUUGAGAGCCAGGCAGUGCUUCAGGACUACAAGAACUCCAACUUCACCAAAGGCCAUCUCAAUCCCAGCAUGCACCAGAAGACAAGAGAAAACCGGGAGGCCACAUUCACACUGACAAACAUCGUCCCUCAGCGAGCGGGCUCAAACUCUGGUCCCUGGAGCCGCCUGGAGUCCGAGGUGUUGAAGAAAUUUAAGACCUUCUGCAACGGGUCGAUGUAUGUGAUCACAGGAGGUCUGCCAUAUGAGGCUGAGCCCCGCUGGAUCAACAACAGGGUGUCUGUUCCUGAGUACAUGUGGUCUGCUUACUGCUGCCCAUCCUACAGUGCCAGCCUCCCUACGAGUAUGAGAGCGUUUUUUCCAACAUACGCCGCAGUGGGAAGAAACGACAAAAACAGCAGUGAGGAGAUAGUGCCAGUAAACAUCAAGGCGAGAGCAUCCACCAGGGGCUAUGAUGUGAGGAGGAUGUCUUUAGAGACCCUGGAGGACAUCCUGAAACAAAGACUGGCUAUGCCUAUCAGUCUGUUUCAGGGGCAGUGUCAGGGGUAAAGGUCAAAAGCUCUACUUCCUGUUGACAUCAUCCGCUCUGGGUGUGUACUAUCAAACUUACCUCACUGACAGCCACCUCUCUAAGUGCUGAAUGGGGGUUUAAUCACAGAGUAGUUAUCUCUUUAAGCUUUAAAAUUAAUUUCCAGAUGAUUUUGGUAUUGAAUGAAUCAUUUCUGAUCUUCUUAAUUUUAUCUUGUGACAUGUCCAACAUCAGCUAAUCAUGAAACAAGACUGUAAAAUGAAUGGAGAGUCAUCGAAUGACAAAGAUCACUUGUGAGGGAUUUCUGAAGUUAUGAAACAGACUGAGUAUGACCUGCUGUGAUGCAUCUCUAUGAUGUACAAAAGCAAGCAAGCCCAUUGAUGACAAGACUGGUAAUUCCUAUACUGUGAUUUUUAAUGCCUAUGACUGCUGUGGCCUGUGUUACUGUAUCCACCUACAAAUACUGAGGGGAGGUCACUGAGUAAUUAAUGUAAAUCAACUAACAGAAGAAAUUGAUUAACACUUGAAUCUAAAUAAAGACUUUCUGAGCAUCGAA